AUGGAGAGGCAAGAAGGACAGAAAGCGGCUGUCACAGCAUCCAAAAAGGUUGCCUUUUUAGCUGGACUUCUGGAAUCUGGAACAGGACACACUGGGCCCACUAACACUCCAAAAACUCUGGUCUACAAAAAAGUCUUUAGUAAUAUUGGAGGUGCCUAUGACUUAAAUACUGCACCAAUCAAAGGAGCCUAUUACUUCAGAUUGUACGGUCAUUCUCAUGGUGGAACAACAACGGCAGUCAGUCUCUUGAAGAACGGUGCAACCCAGUGCUCUCUGCAUUCUUGGAAGCCUGUCUCCAAUGGUAAUGCCAGCAAUGCUGUUGUUCUCACACUGGAGAUCGGUGAUCAAAUUUCUACACGACACGACGCGAACACCUGGGUUUAUGAUGACCCAGAAAGUUACACCAGUUUCUGUGGUUUUCUGAUUUUCCCCUUGUGAACGUCUGAAUCUUGUAUCUCAUAUCCAGUGCAGGAUGCAAUGUGAAAAUUAUUGUAAUGGAACUUAAUUGUUCCUGUUUAAGUAAACUGCAUCUUAGUAAAUAAGAGGCAUAAAGAAAAGGAGAUCAUUGGUUUUUAGUUACAGUAUUUAAAGUGAUAGUUCACCCAAAAAUGAAAAUGUA